AUCAACAUCAUUCAUCAUUGACAUUUUUUACCUAUUUUGUGAUUAUUUUUAUUUUUAUUUUUAUUUUCUUUUCCUUUUCUUGCACAAUACAAGUUUGUUUUUAUUAAUUUUACAUUUUAUUUACUUGAAAUUAUCUUAUGUAGUUAAUUCAAAAUGUAUAAACAUUUGAUAGUUUGCAAUAUAUUUUUCAUUUCCAUAAUUCACGGGGAAAUGAUACCUCCAAUUAAAACUGCAACAAAAACAACUGUUCCCGUUGUAUCACCUAAACCAGAGGUGAAAAACGAAAAUCAUACACAUAAUGUGCUAAGUGUACCAUUAACACACAAUGUCAGUGCGGUUACUUUGCCAAGUAAUGACAUGGCUCUCAUAAAUUUAGAAAAAACUAUAAAUAUUACUAAGGAAACAUCUGUGGUUGCAAGAAAAGGAGUCAACUAUGAAGAAACCAAAAGUCAUGAAGACACCUCGGAUAUUCCUUUUAUAAAUAAAGCUAACAAUGUAACAAGUAAACCAUUGUCAAUACAUAAUAGCACUACAGUUUUAAACAGUACAAAUUUGCCUAAGGAUAUGCAAAAAAUAAUACCACACAAGCCUUUACUGUUGUCGGCAGAAGCAUUAGCAAAAAUGGACAAAAUGAACAAUGUAAACAUCAAUGAAAAUGGUCACAGUGUCAAAGCUCAUGUGGUCAAAGCUGGAAGCCACCCUGGGAUGAUCCUGCCGAUAGUAAUAACAAUUUUGGUAGUUCCUAUGUUUGCUGUGGUUGCAUAUAUGGCACUGAAAAGAGGUCAAGAGGCUUGGAAAAACAGGCACUACAAAAGGAUGGAUUUUCUCCUUGACGGCAUGUACAAUGAUUAAAAUUACUAUAACAACAAAAAAUAUUUAGCAUAUAGGGAGGUAACUAAUUUACAUAUAGUCAGUUAAAUCUAUUAAAAAUGCUGAUAGUAAUCACAGCAAUGUGAAGAUUUUUUAUUAUUUAGCUGAAGGGAAAAAGGAUAUGUUCAAAAAACAUUGUCAAUUAUAAAAAAAAAAAACAAUUAUAUUUUUGGUAGUUAUAGGCUAAAUUAACUUCCAUACUUCUGAACCAAAUAAGUUGCUGGUAAAAUAAGAACAUUUUGUAAAUUACUAUUUGAUGCUCAAGAGAGAGCUUGAUGACACUUUGAAAAGCAAUAAAAAUAAUUAAAUGUAAUGUGGUGCUUAAUGUUAAGAAUGUGCCUUGUUGAUAUUACAUUUAUAUUUGUAUUUUUUAUAUUGAACUUUUAUAAUGUCUACUAUUUCUAAGAUUUGUUGUGAUAUUUUUAUUCAGAAUUUAACUUUUAAUGUUAUUGUACCAAGUAGUAAAUAUUUUUUAAAAAUAAAUACAAAUGUUCUAUG